CCUAUGCCAAAGCUUGACUACUUGCAAAAUACUCACUCAAGAUGUCGAAAAGUGUCGAUGACGCAAUCAGGAUCAGGGACAACCAGAGGCGUUCACGUGCACGGCGGAAAGACCUGAUCAAAGAUCUUCAAACUCGCGUGCAAGAGUAUGAAUUGAAAGGCGUCGCUGCAACACAGGACAUGCAACGGGCGGCACGCAAGGUUGCCCAGGAAAAUGAAAGACUACGAACUUUGCUGGCACGUCACGGGAUCUUGAAAGAAGAGGUUGAGUUUUUCCUCCGGUCGUGCGAGCAAACAGACGGCUCAGUUGAACCGGAAACGCCAAUAUCAAUUGUGAAAAGUCCGAGUGCUUCGUUACCAUAUACGACCAACACCGGGCCACGCUCGUUACACAUACAACCAUUAAGCCAGACAUAUCCUAGGGAACACAAUCCUCGUCCUUCACCCAUCCAAAUAUCAAGACAACCGGUGCAAGUAUCGAGACAACCAAUCCAGGCGAAUUGUUCGACGACGAAAUGCGACCCAGCGACACAAUGCGGGCCGACGACAAGAACCUCGACAGAGGUCCAAAUCGAAGCCACUAUCAUGUCAAAGUCCAUCGAAGCCUGCAGAAAGGCCGAAAGCUGCUAUGCAAGCCCAAGCGAGACCGACUCUUCAUCACCCCCACCAAGACCACAAGAAGUCCUGCCAGCUUUCACGUACCCGGAACGCGCGCCAGCCAUCACACAGAGCCAAGGCUGUUGCCCUAUCUAUAAACCACAACCAGAGGUCACCAUGGAAGAUCCCGAAUGUCCCAGCACGGCUGACUGCUUUUGUCCACCCACAACAACAGCCCCGCCGCCAAUAUGCAGACCGGCCAUUGGCAAUGAUGAGAUAUCGUGCGAGACAGCUGCCACUAUCAUCGCUCAGAUGCGAGGAGACGGGGAUGAUGCAGCAGCGCGAGUCUUGAUUGGAUGUAAUGCUGGGGAGGUGUGCAGCAUCAAGAACUCAUUUCUUAUGCAAGUCUUGGAUGAACGGUAGGAGGAGCGCAGCCUGUCAUACUCUGCUGGAUUUUGGCAGUGAUGGUACUG